UGAAUUAUAGUGUUUUCGUAGCGUAAACCACUAUCUGGCUGAUUGGAUUUUAAUAAAAUGGCUAACGGUAGUUAUGCUACUAGCUCAACUAAUAAUAUAAAUGUUUUUAGAUUAAUUUAUGAUUUAUAACUUUAUUUUGAUGUCUGGAUAGUUAAUUCAAUACUGGAAUUAGUAUUCGAUCAAUAUUCAUUUAAAAAUAAUUUAGUUACUAAGAUAAACAUUUUUUUUUUAUUUCAAAACGGAGCAAUUAUUAUUAACAGUGGACAUUGUUUAAAGACCCAGAAUUCAGAAUGGGUGUUCCAGCAUUUUUUAGAUGGUUAACUAGGAAGUAUCCAUCUGUUAUUGUCAAUUGUAUUGAGCAAAAGUCCACUGAUGUAAAUGGAGAACAAAUACCAAUGGACACAUCCUUGCCUAAUCCUAAUGGUGUUGAAUUCGACAAUUUAUAUUUGGACAUGAAUGGUAUUAUACAUCCUUGUACACAUCCAGAAAACAAGCCAGCCCCAAAAGAUGAAGAUGAAAUGAUGAUCGCUAUAUUUGAAUGUAUUGAUCGUUUAUUUAGAAUUGUAAGGCCUCGUAAAGUGUUGUACAUGGCUAUUGAUGGAGUGGCACCCAGAGCAAAAAUGAACCAACAAAGAUCAAGACGUUUUAGGGCAUCUAAAGAGACAACAGAAAAAACAGAAGAAUUAUCUCGUGUUAGAAAAAAUUUAAUAGAAGCUGGUGUUAUAUUGCCACCAGAAAAGCCUAAAGGAGAACAUUUUGAUAGCAACUGUAUCACCCCAGGUACUCCAUUUAUGGAUAAAUUAUCUGCCUGCCUGCAUUAUUAUAUUCAUGAUCGAUUAAACAAUGAUCCUGGAUGGAAAGGUAUUAAAGUGAUACUGUCAGAUGCUAAUGUUCCCGGAGAAGGUGAACAUAAAAUAAUGAAUUUUAUAAGAAAACAAAGAGCGCAACCUAAUCAUGAUCCAAAUACACAGCAUGUUCUUUGUGGUGCUGAUGCUGAUCUUAUUAUGUUGGGACUUGCUACACAUGAACCUAAUUUUACAAUUAUCCGAGAAGAAUUUAAACCAAAUCAACCUAAGCCUUGUGAUAUGUGUGGUCAAAUGGGACAUGAAAUGAAGGAUUGUCAAGGCUUAGAAAAAGAAGCAUUCAGUGAUGGAUCAACUAUUGCAUUUGCAACUGAUGUACAGUUUAUAUUUGUACGUUUGAAUGUGUUACGUGAAUAUUUAGAAAGAGAAUUGGAAAUGCCUAACUUACCAUUUAAAUAUGAGUUUGAACGAGCUCUGGAUGACUGGGUAUUCAUGUGUUUUUUUGUUGGUAAUGAUUUUUUACCUCAUUUGCCUUCUUUGGAAAUACGAGAAAAUGCAAUUGAUCGUCUAGUGUCUUUGUAUAAAAAGACAGUGUACAAAACUGGGGGGUUCUUGACCCUUAAUGGCGAUGUGAAUUUGGAUAGAGUACAAUUAAUUAUGUCUGAUUUGGGUUUGGCUGAAGAUGAAAUUUUUAAAAGAAGACAACAAACUGAAAAAAUGUUUGCUGAUAGAAAUAGAUUAAAAAAAAGACGCGAAAAACGAGAAAAAUUAAUGCGUUCAAAGAGUGCUCCUAAUUUUGUAUUAGGAGGUCAAUAUGCACCAUCGGCCCCAAAUGUAGGAUUUCCAGUAUCUAAUCCUAGACAAACUAUUGAUGAAAUGAGAAGACAAAGUAUGGAUAAUGAAAAUAAUCAAAGACAAAAACGUAAAAGAGAUGAUGAAUCUUCAGAUGACGAACAAGAAACACCUGAUGAAGUUCGUUUAUGGGAAGAUGGUUUUAAAGAACGUUACUAUGAGUCAAAAUUUGAUGUAGACAGAACCAAUAGUGAUUUUAGACAUAGAGUGGCGUUGGAAUAUGUACGUGGCUUAUGUUGGGUUCUUCAGUAUUAUUAUCAAGGUUGUCCUUCUUGGAAAUGGUAUUUCCCAUACCAUUAUGCACCUUUUGCAUCUGACUUUCUUAAUAUAUCAUCAUUAUCAACAAAAUUUGAAAAAGGAACAACACCCUUCCGUCCUUUAGAACAACUUAUGAGUGUAUUUCCAGCAGCAAGUAGCAAGCAUGUACCUCAACCUUGGGCUGUUUUAAUGAGUGAUCCAGAAUCAACAAUAAUUGAUUUUUAUCCAGUGGAUUUUAAAAUUGAUUUAAAUGGCAAAAAGUUUGCUUGGCAAGGUGUUGCAUUAUUACCAUUUGUUGAUGAAAUAAGACUCCAUAAGGCUUUGGAACCAUAUUAUGAUCUUUUGACUCCUGAAGAAAGGCGUCGGAAUGUGAAAGGCAUGGAUCGUUUGUAUAUUCAAGAGGAUAACGCUAAGUAUGGAUUACUAAAAGAAUUGUCCCUAGAUAAAACCAAUAGUCAAAACUUAACAUCUGUUCUUAUUGAUGGUAUGGAAGGAAAAGUUAUGUUGGCAGAUGAUUGUGUUACAAUUGGAGGAUCACUUCCAUCUCCAGUUAUGGGAUUAAAUGUUAUAAGAUCAAAUCAAGUUAUAUGUGUGAAAUUUGAAGAUCCUAAUUAUGGAGAUGAUUAUAUUUUUAAAGCAAAUAAACUCGAAGGAGUUGUAGAACCGCCUAGGGUAUUAAAACCAAAACAUUUAGAAGAAGAACAAUCUCGAUCGUGGAGACCUAUGAUUGGUAUGACUCAUUCUAACCAACGUGGAAGAUUAGCCAUAUCUGGUCACAGAGCGCUAGGGCAUUAUACAAAUAGAAAUACAAAUAAUAGUAAUGCUGUUCCACCACCACACAAUUAUAGAAAUAAUUCACAUCAAAAUGGUCCACGUCAACAAAAUAAUUGGCAUUUAAAUCAAGGCCAACAAAACCAAUAUUUCCGAAAUGAUCACAGUUCAAAUGGUGGUUAUAAUUCAGCCAGAUAUAAUCGUCCACAAAAUUCCAACUCUUAUAGAUCAGACAAUAAUGCAUAUCCAAAUUAUGGAACUCGCCAUACAUCUGGUCAACAAUCAAAUGAUAGACCUGGGUAUUUUACUGAUAGCUAUCUAGCCAAUAAUUCUCAACCUCGACCAUCAUUCAAUAGGAAUAAUAAUUCAACCAAUAGAGGAUCACAAAGUAGUAGAUAUCAACCAUAUAAUCCUGCUACACAAAGAGGUGGUCCAAGGCCUCAUGGUUAUAAUCAACAUCGAAAUUAUUGACGAUAUAAUUUUGUUAGUACAUUUUAUUAUAAUUAUAAUAUGUUUUCACAAUUUAAAAUUCAAAAUUCCAAAAUUUACUAUGAAAAAACUUCCAUUAUUGACAUUACAAUUAUAACUUUAUAUUAUCAA